AUGAUUUCUGUGGCGAUAAUUUUUUUAAUUUGUGCGACGUUUGCCGAAAAUGCGGUUUAUGUAGGCAGGGGCUAUGAUACUGCUGAUGAUCCAUUAAAUGUUAAAAUCACAAAGGUGUUGGAUGUUAAUUUGGAAAACAAAGCAAGUUCUUGGAAAAAUGACUUAAGUAGGUUCUAUCAACCUCAGAGAGAAGACAUUGAUAUUGACAAAAAAGAUGGAUAUGUCCAGAUUCCCAUGAAGUUUUCAUUCGCAGUGGAUGAAAAGCGCAAUCAUGAUAUUUUGGAAGGCUGUAGAAAUUUAGUUGGAGUCAGCCAGCCAUCUUUGUGUUUUUUAAAAUCAUCUUCGGCGUCUGCAGAAAAGUAUGUUGCAUAUCCCAGAAGUUGUAGAGAAAUUCAAGAAAACGGUAACAAUAAAUCUGGAAUAUACGAAAUUAAGCCCAGGACUAGCAGUAAACCCUUUGCUGUUUUAUGCGACAUGGAAAUUCAAGGCGGAGGAUGGACACAUAUUCAAAAAAGGUUCGAUGGAUCUCAGGAAUUUUACCAACUGUGGAGAGAUUACAAGUUUGGCUUUGGAAAUCUAGAUGGAGAGUUCUGGAUUGGAUUAGAAAACAUUUACCACAUGACAGGAUUUGAAGCCAAUGAACUGUUAAUAGAACUCAUUGACAAGGAAAAGAAAACGGGACAUGCGCAUUACACAUCUUUUGCUAUAGGCCCUGAAAAAGAUGGGUACAAAUUGACUGUUCUAAACGGAUAUUCAGGAGAUAUCGGUGAUGGAUUAAGCGGUCAUUUAAACGCCAAAUUUUCAACUAAAGAUAUGGAUCUGGAUGAAAACUCCGGAAGUUGUGCUACAACUUAUGAGGGAGGAUGGUGGUAUAAAAGUUGUUACACAAGUUGUCUGAAUGGAAAGUAUUCAACUGUUAUUCUUCCUGAUGCGAAUAAAUAUCACGGAAUUAACUGGAAUGGGUUCCGAUCAAAGGAAUACAAUUUAUCCGGAUCAAGGAUAAUGAUCCGUCCAAUAGGAAGUUAA